CAGCGCCCGCCAUUGGACGCCAUUAACUGCAUUGAACCGAGUCUUUUGACAACCGGUGACUCUGGUCAGAUACGUUGUUGUGUUUAUCGUUUUCUCCCCACGUGCAUUGUAUAAACGCGAGGUAUUCAUUAGUCAUAUAUUACUAUUAUUACAUUUUAUAUGAAAUAUUUACUGAGGAAGACAUUUGUAAAACUGAUUUCUGUGUCUGAUUAGUGCUGUGAACUAAAAUUGCUUAAUAGACGGUGCGAAUUGAAAUAAUGGCUAAACGGACAGCGCAUAUUUUGGAAGAAAAGUGGAGGUCUGAUGAUAUUAGAACUGGAGAAGAUGUUGAUUUUUCUUCCCUUCUUUUGCCUGACGAGAUUUUACAGGGGUUGUUGGCGGCCGGCUUCAAAUACCCAUCGCCUAUUCAAUUAAAAGCCAUACCUGCAACUAGAAUUGGUAAAGAUUUAAUAAUACAGGCAAAAUCAGGAACUGGAAAGACUUUAGUGUUUGCUGUAGCUGCAUUCAGCAUGCUUUUAAAAGAAGCUAAACAUCCCCAAGUAUUAAUUUUGGCACCUACUCGAGAAAUAGCUUGCCAAAUUUCCCAAGUUAUCAGUUCUAUUACUGCUGCAUGCAAAGAUAUUAAGUGUCAGUAUUGCAUUGGUGGGCGUAAAUCAGCAGAUGAUAUGAAAAGACUUGAAAGAUGUCAAAUUGUUGUUGGCACACCAGGGCGAAUAAAAUACUUGAUAAUGGCUAAGAUAUUAAGGACUUCUGGAAUUCGUCUCUUUGUUCUUGAUGAAGCUGAUGUGCUUCUUAGAGAACCAUCUUUUUUAAAAGAUGUGGAUGACAUUUUUCGCUCUUUACCACGAGACAAGCAAAUAAUUGCAACAAGUGCUACAUAUGCUAGUAAGCUGAAGAGAUUGGUUGAAAAAUACUUCCGACAACCCAUCAUAAUUCGAUUGAAUAAACGAAAGAUUGGAUUGUUAGGUAUGGUUCACUAUUACUGUGUAAUACCUGUAAGUAAUCUGCCAGUUGUAGCCUAUAAAUUAAAACUGGAAGCUUUGAGCAAAAUUCUACUUAAUGUGAAGUUUGGGCAGUGUCUGGUGUUUUGUAAUAUGGUUUCAAGAGUCGAAAAUUUAUGUGUUGAAAUAAAAAAUAUGGGGUUUGCUACAUCUUUUAUUAGUAGUGCAAGGGAACAAGAGGAUAGAUUGAAAGCCAUUGAGAUGCUGAGACGAUUCAAGUGCAAAGUACUUGUUGCUAGUGAUGUUUCAGCUCGAGGCAUUGAUGCUGAAAAUGUUGAUUUAGUUAUAAAUUUCGAUAUACCAAAUCAUCUAGAUAUAUAUUUUCAUCGUGUUGGCCGUGCUGGAAGAUAUGGUUCGAAAUGUGCAAAUGUCUCUUUAAUCACUAGCAAUGAAAUUGAAUUAUAUCAGCAAAUGCUUAAGGACGGAAACUUCAAGGGUUAUUAUUUACCAGAUAAUGUUCCUUCAGAUCUGAUUAGUAUGGAACCACCUGAAACAUCAAGUGAUGAAAGCAGUUCUUAUUCGAAUAGUGAUGCUGAAGAUCUAAAUGAAAAUGGAGAAGCUCAACAGGAAAAGACCAAUGAUGGUAAGAAUAUUGAAAGCAAAUCCAGUUCCGAUUUGGAUAGUCAUGCUGAAGAUCUCAAUGAAAAUGGAUAUGCUCAACAAGAAAGGACCAAUGGUUUUAUUGAUGGUAUUCAGUUGAAUAGCAAGAAUGUUGAAAGCAAAUCCAGUUCCGAUUCAGAUAUUGAUGUUGAAGAUGUAAAUGAAAAUGAAAAUACUCAACAAGUAAAUACCAAAGUAUUUGAUUUAAAUUCCAAUCCUACAAGUUCAGACUAUGUUUUGAGUAGUACUUCUCAAUAUGUAGAACCGGAAUUGUAUAAAUCUGAUCCAUCUGCCUUUCGCAAAAUGAGGCAGCAAAAAGAAAUCACUGAAGUAAUUGUUGCAGUGGAGGAAGAAAAUAGCAAGUUAAAAGUUAAUGGAAGCAAUAUUGGAGAAUUGUGUGUAAAUGAUGAACUAGUAGGGAAAAAAUUAGAUCAACAGAACUGUGCAGCAUCAGUGAUAGAAAAUACUGAAAAUGGUUUAUCUGCUCAUAUCCAUGGAUUAAAACAAAAUGCUGAUACAAAUUCUUAUCUUGUAGAUCUUGAAAAAUCAUUGAAAGAAAAAAUUAUUAAUGAUAAAUUAUUAGUAAUGAAUAAUGGAUGCAGUACCUCUAAAAAUUAUAGUAAUCCCAUAUCAAAGGAAUUAAUAAGUUCAGUCAUCACUUUUAUUGAAAAGUAUGAAGAUUGUUCCACUUCUAAUUCUACAAAAUCUUCUCAAUCCAUUGACGUUGAAUUAAAGGAUAAUAAAUUGUCACCUGUAUCCCUUAUAUCUUUAAGAUCAAAUUUAAGCCAGUACUAUUAUAAUACAUAUAAAGAAUUUAUAGGAAACAUUCCAGAAGUCUGGAUCAAAGAAAUAGCUGCAGAAUAUAGAAAAGUGAAAAAUGAUAUUCAAGUAUUAGAAAUUGGAAGUCAAAAUGAUUUGAAGCAGAUUGAUGAUGAAAAUAAGAUUCCAGAUUCUAAUCUUAAUUUGCAACAUCCACUAUUUAGUACUCCUAAAACAGAAGCACUGUUUGAAUCUGAUGAAGAAUCAAACAGUGGUGAUGAGAAUAAGCUCACUGAGCAUUUCAAUUUAUUCCUUAAGAACAUGCAUUCAAAAGAGGAAAAACACUUCUCUGAUACAGAUGCAGAUAUUAUGAUAAACAGUAAGCUAGCUACGUGUUUGCUGAACGAAGAAUUAAUAGAACAGUUAAGCUUUGAUAAAGAAAUAGCUGAUAAAAGUAAUGAAAAGACUAUUAUAAAUGAUGCAAAAUCGGAUUCUGAUUUGGAUGCAUCAGUUGAAAUCUUGUAUGAUUCAAGACAACAGGGAAUCAAAGAAGAGGAAAUUAUUAUAGAUGAUACAAAAUCAGGUUCCAAUUCAGAUGCAUCGGUUGAAUUCCUGUAUGUUUCAAGAAAACAGGGAAUCAAAAAAGAGAAAAUUGAUAUAGGAGACCCUUUUGUUGAAAAAAGUUCCAUACCAGAAAGCAGGUCAAGCUCUGAUUCAAAUUCAGAUACUUCAGUUAAGGGUAAGGAUACAAUGGAUAUGCUCGAUGAAGCAUUUAAUAACGAUAGAGUUGAAGGUUAUAAUGAGGAAAUGGUUGAUGAAAAUAAUGAAAAGGCUAUUAUAAAUAAUGCAGAUUCUUCUGACCAAAUCCUGUAUGAUGCACCCCCAAAGAGAAGGAGACCUCAAUUUGAAUAUCAAGACAAUGAUGGAGCCUUUGAUAAAUUUGUGAACAAGGUUCUUAUAUAUGCAAAGGGCAAACAAAAUAAUGCAGACCCCAGUAAGGAUACCGAAAAUUUGUUCAAAUUUUCUACUGAUAUGCAGAGUACUGGUGUAGGUUCCAGUAAAGAUACCAAAAAUUUGUCCAAAUUUCCUCCUGAAAUCCACAGUACUGAUAAGUGCAUUAAACGCAUUACAAAAGUGGAUACUAAAAAGCAUGCUGAGUCACCAGGCAGUAGAGAAGAAAUAAUUAAAGCUCGGAUAGAUGAUGAAAAAGUAAUGCAAAUUGGAAAAAAGGAACUAGCUAAUAUUAAGAAAUCUUCAAAACCCACCAGCUACUGGACAAAGACCAUACUAGGCCCUAAUCAAAAUAAAAUCACAAAAUUUUAUUAUUCUGAGACUGAGAGUGGUGUUGAUGAGUAUUCCAAAGAAUCUCAAUCUAGCCUUCAAGAUGGACAUCAAAGAAAAGCUCAUAAAGAGGGUAAAUUGGUAACAAAAACUGAUGGUGGCUGCAGAGCAGAGCUUAUAAACAGACCUGUUGAAAAGAGAACUCUGAUUUAUAAUUCUGAAUCAAGUUCUUCUGAAACUGAUAUUAAUUGUGAUCAAUAUUCCAAGGUCUGUGAUAUUUAUCCCCAAGAUAGACAUAAUAUAAAAAGAAAUCCUAAACCUUUUGGAUUUGGUUAUUCUAAUGACACUUUAAACCUAUAUUUAAAUCCAGCAUGUACAAGACCAAGCUCUGAACCACGUCAUUCCAGUCCAUCACACAUUUCUAAUCCAUACAAUAGGCUGUGUUCUCAGCAAAGCCAAAAUCAUAGAAAUCAAAGUGCGUGUCAUUCCAAUUAUCAAAGGCAGCUGCCAUGUGGUGUUUCUGGUCUAUGCAAUGACCAAUGUUCUCGACAAAGCCAAAAUCGUAUGAAUCAAACAGUACGUCAUUCUCGUUAUCAAAUGCAAUCAGCAACUAAUGGCCCUAAUCCUACCUAUCAAAAGUAUCCUCAAAAAAUUCUGAAUCAUAGAAACUCUACUGGUGUUUCAACUGAUCAUUUUAAUUCCCCCAAAAAUGUGUGUCCAUCAAUAAGUCGUCUGCAGUCAAUUCAUGAAAUGGAACCAUCGCAUAAUGAUUUUAAUCCAUGUGUUAUGCCUUCUCAGCACCCUUGUCAUCCACCUAAUGAAAGUUGUCAAUCGCUAGCAUGUGCAGCUUGGUAUGACAUAUUUUGUAAACAGUGGCAGCUCUGUAAUCAAUCUGAAUAUUUCUGACAUUGUGAAUGUGAUAUGAUUACAAAAGAGGUAGGUUUCAAUUUUGCCCAUUUGAAAACUUUUUUUCAUCUUUUAUAAGUUUUAUGUUUCAGAACAAUAUAAUGUGUAACUUUUUUUUGUUUGUCCAGAAAACUUUUCUGAAUAUUGUCUUUUAUUGUAUUAGUUUCUUCUUCUACCAAUCAAUAUUUUUGAAGUUGUAAAUGGAUAUGAUUGUAAAAGAAAUUUCAGUUUUUGCCUGUUAGAAAACUUUUUUUUUUUCUCUC